GUUGAACCGAAGUCAAUAUCUUAAAAAAAACCCAUUUUAUCUCUUGUUAACAUUUGUAUAUAAAAAGGGGUUCAUUCAUUCAUUCAUUCAUAUAUAAAUCAGAAAUUAUCGAUCUGGGGUAGGGCACACCUGAUCACCAACAGGCAACAGCUUUGAUUUCAUUGAAAUGUCUACUUAAAUUUGGAAUCUUUUUAAAGCCCUUCUUCAACUAGAUUCUUGUCAGUUUCAACUUUCUUGCAACUUGGAUCCGCUUGCUUCAAUCAGGACCAAGAACCUGGUGUUUACAAACGGAUCUACAACGGAUUCCACAAUCGAGAAUCGCGUGUUUGUUUCGGAGGGUGGUCUGGAGUGCAUAUUAAGCAUUAUCAGGGCCCUGAGGAUGGGGUCCUGCUUUUCUGCAGAAAGCAGGAACCCUGUCCCAACUUCUCCAACAUCGACUGUCGGAAUAAGAAAAGGAAAAAGUUCGAGAAAAAGGCCACCUUUGCUUGAUCGUCGUAGGGAAGAACUUCUUCAUAGAAUUGCAAGCCGAAGGUUCUUGAACGGGUCUAGUGAAAUUGCUUCACUCUUUACUCAACAAGGCAAGAAAGGCACCAAUCAAGAUGCCAUGAUCGUUUGGGAGAACUUUGGGUCAAGAACAGACACGGUGUUCUGCGGUGUUUUCGACGGUCACGGUCCGUUUGGUCACAUGGUUGCUAAGAGGGUGAGAGAUUCACUCCCAUUGAAGCUAAGUGCACACUGGGAAGUCAACCUAAAAAACACCAAUGACGUCCUUCGGGAGAUUGUCGUCGGUGGCUUAAACUCUGAAGGAACAUCCGUUAAUUCACCUGUUGAGGCGUUUGAAGAAAUCGAUAAGAACCCUGAAAUCUUUCAAACAUUGAAGGAAUCAUUUUUGAAGGCUUUUAGAGUGAUGGAUCGGGAGUUAAGUAUGUAUGAAAAUUUUAAUUGCUUCUGUAGUGGGACGACUGCUGUAACGUUGAUCAAGCAGGGUCAGCAUCUUAUAAUCGGAAACAUUGGGGACUCGAGAGCCGUGUUGUGUACAUGCGCUAAAGAUAACUCGCGUGUUCCUGUUCAGUUGACGGUGGAUCUUAAACCUAACCUUCCAGAGGAAGCUGAGCGGAUCCGUAAAUGUAAAGGACGUGUGUUUGCCUUACGAGAUGAACCAGAAGUUGCAAGAGUUUGGCUACCGAACCAUGACUCUCCCGGGCUGGCCAUGGCUCGUGCUUUUGGGGAUUUUUGUCUCAAAGAUUUCGGUCUCAUUUCAGUCCCUCAAGUUUCAUACAGAUGCCUUACAGAAGAAGACGAGUUUGUUGUCCUUGCAACCGACGGGAUUUGGGACGUGCUUUCAAACGAAGAAGUGAUUGAAAUUGUAGCUUCCGCUGAAUCACAUUCCCGCGCAGCUCAAGCUGUGGUGGAGUCAGCGGUUGGCGCUUGGAAGCACAAACACCCGACUUCUAAAGUUGACGAUUGUGCGGUGGUGUGCCUGUUUCUUGGCUUGGAUUCAUCAUCAACCGCCAAACCGAACGAGCACGAAGAAGAGUCAUCAUCCACCAUGAACACUGAAACAGGAAAAGACUGGUCUGCCCUUGAAGGGGUUUCGCGGUUGAACACAUUAUUAACACUCCCGAGUUUUGUUCCUGGUGAGGAUGAUGAAAACCGCGAACCGGGAGGGAAAAGAAAGGUUUGAAGAUGAUUGAAAAAUGAAAAUGUUGUAGUAUUAUUGUCAUUUUGUUUUUAUUUUUCCGGGUUCUUCAAGCCUGAAGAACCCGGACCCGCCUGUUUUAGAGGGUCGGGAUAUCGUUUUUUCGUCCAUUUUUGAUGAAAGUUAUAUGGUGAUUUUAUAAAAGUAAUUUUGUGUGAUUAUAAACUUAUCGUCUUCCUAGAGGAGUUUUGACUCGCUUUUUAUA